AAAUCAGGUCAAACAAGGUCAAGUUCCUGGUUGGUUUCCAAAGUAUCUCCACAAUCCAGCUAUCUGUUUCUAAGCAAAUAGCCACAUGCUCAUUCAAGGUCAGUAACCUUUUUUGACCUUUCAAAGGUCAUGGUGACCAAAAUCAUACAAAACUGUUCCAAGUGUUGCAUGUGGAUAAGCGACAAUGAUUAUGCUGGGCAGUAUGUCUCAAAAAAAGAAAAAUGUUAACUGGGGUCAUUUUAGCUCAAUGACCUAUUCUGACCUGUAAGAAGUCCAUGGACAAUGUAUAAUGUGGUUUCUGUGUUCAGUAAAUUUGAAAUGAGCACCAGAAAGUACCCCAAACAGCAAGCCCUAGAUUGAUAAAACAGCCACAACACUGCCUAGCCAUGUCAGAAUGUUCAGUACUAGAGGCUGCCUUACGGCACAACCCGCUUUUUUUCCUGGCGGCUCCAAACACACUGAAGAAGCGAACAGAGGCAAAUUCAGAACCCAAGGCAGCCUCGGCGGCGACCAGCGGCGGCUCCGGGCCGCUGGACGCCCCUGCGACGCCGGAGGACCGACUGAGCGGCGCGGUCAGCCCCAGCGCGCGAGUCCAGGCGCCCAGACUCUCCUCAUCGAAGGCGCUCAGUCGACACGAGCGCAGGCGGCGGAAGCUGCAGGCCCUGCUGGCGGUGGUGCUGCACAAUGACAGGACGCGGGAUGGAGGCAAGGGAGCGGCCUCCGGCGAGCACGAGUGUCGGGCGGGAAAACGGCCCCCGACGGCAGGCUCCUCAGCGGCAGACACGACACAGGCGGAGCCGUCGGACGAGAUCAGCGUUGACGACUACCAGGCGAUGCGCAGCUCGCUGCGGCGGAAGCGGAGGAAGGAGCGGUGUCCGGAGUUCCAGCUCUCCUCCACGGGCGACCACGCCUCCCUGCUAAUGGCCGCCCACAGCAGGACCCCCAUCUUCAUGCGGGACGUGCAGACGCUGCUGUUAAACGCGGUCGUGCCGGACCACGCGCCCUGGCCCACCAGGUGGUGUAACCUACUGAACGCGGACCGGAUCUCCCGCACGGUGGCCAUGGUGGUGGACGGCCUCUCGUUGCGUGACCUCCAGCUACACCAGGACCUGAUGAAGUCCACGCUGACCCUCUUCCCGCACCAGACGGAGCUGAUCUCGCCGGCCCACUACGGCACCAGCGUAGCCGAGGAGAUCCUGAACGUGCCGCUCAGCAUGACGCAGAAGCACCGGCUCGUUCAGCAGCUGGGGAGUCUGGACGGAGCCGUGCAGGCGGGCCUCAUCCACCGGCAGUGGGGCGACACCAGCGCCCCUGGCGGCGGCGGCAGCGAUCUGCCCCAGGCGCUGCCGCAGCCGGCGGCCAUUGGGCGCACGGCACUGCUGCUGGACAUCUCGCAGCUGAUGGAGGAGGGCUACCCGCUGCCCGGCGCCGGCCUGUACAGCAAGGCCUUCCGCGGAUUCGUGCCCACCAAGGACAAGUACAAGCCGGUCACCGACGACUCGCCGAUGUUCGCCGUAGACUGCGAGAUGUGCCUGACGCGCGAGGGCAGCGAGCUCACCAGCAUCUCGGUGCUGAGCGAAGCCGAGGAGCUGGUGUACGGCACGCUGGUGCGGCCCGACAACCCCAUCACCGACUACCUCACCCGCUACUCGGGCAUCACCGCCGAGCGGCUCGAGGGCGUGACCACGAGACUGGAGGACGUACAGCGCGACCUGCGGCGCCUGUUGCCGGCUGACGCCAUCCUCAUCGGCCAGAGCUUUAACAACGACCUGCGCGCGCUCCAGAUGAUGCACCCGUACAUCAUCGACACCAGCGUCAUCUUCAACAUCACGGGUGUGCGCCACCGCAAGACCAAGCUGUCGCUGCUCUCCUACAUGUUUCUUGGCGAGACCAUCCAGAACGACGAGACGGGCCACGACGCCACCGAGGACGCGCUCGCCUCCCUGCGCCUGGUGCAGCGCAAGCUGGCGCGCGGCUAUGCCUACGGCGACGCCGCGCAGGGCGGCUACGUGCCGGCGAUGAACGGCACCGGCCUGGAGCCGGCCGACGACGGCGCCCUGCCCGCCGCCGUCAAUAUGGACGGCUACUACACCAGCCUGCUCAGCCGCAUGGACGAGGUCGGCGUCACCACUGCGAUCGUGGCGUCUGGUCCGGGCGCCGACAUCUACCGCGUGGCCUGCGAGACCACCAAUCACCCGUCCCUGACGCUCAAGCAGGCGCCCAGCAACCGGCAGGCGUGCGACCAGGCGGGCGCGGCCCUGGCUUCGGCCGACCUCACGCUCUGCCACCUGGAGCUGCGCGACCGGCUGCACUGGUCGCUGUCGGAGGAGCAGGCGCGCCGCCACCUCCGCAAGCUGGACAAGCGUCUGCGCCGGCUGUACCGGGCGGCACCGCCGCGCACGCUGCUGACGGUCGUGUGCGCCGGUGCCGGAGGCCAGACUGGUCACGUGGAGAACGGCGUCUGUCUGACGGCUGUCAAACAGGCCGACGGGGCGGAGGGCAGCGAGGCCACGGACAACGAGGACGACACAGACACGCAGAGCUAGCGACACUACCAGUCGCCGGGAGGCGGCGGUCCACUCGGCGGCGAGCGACGAGACGAGUCCGCUGUGGAUGGAUUCGAAACUAGGGGGCCCGGCUCUGCCCAGGCGUCCCGCGGCGUGCGCGUGGGACGUGUUGAGUUUAUUGCUGGUGAAAUGUCGCACGCAGUGGGGCUGUUUUGUGCGUGUUGCGUGCUUUUAGCGUUGGUUGAGGCCGUCUUUUAUUGGCGUUCCACCCACGGUUCGCCGCCUGGUAAG